AAAGGUGGAUUUGUUAACAGAGAUCGAACCCUAAAUAGUAGUUGUAGAAGUACUGUUUUCUUCUCAGUUCUCCUCACAAUGGAUGCGGGCAAAGUAGCAGAGCUAAAGCAAUUUAUAGAGAAAUGCAAGUCCGAUCCUUCCCUUCUCCAUAACCCAUCUCUUUCCUUCUUCAAGUCUUAUCUUCUCAGCCUAGGUGCUCGCAUCCCUUCCCAACCCAAAACGGAACCUGUUGAUUUUGAUAAUUACGUGUCAGAUCCUGCACAAGAUGAAGAUGACAUUAUGGAAUCUGAUAUAGAGUUGGAUAAUAGUGAUGUUGUUGAACCUGAUAAUGACCCUCCUCAAAAGAUGGGAAAUCCUUCUGCUCAAGUAACUGAAGACCAGAGGGAUGCUUCACAACUAGCAAAAUCAGCAGCAGUCGAUGCUAUAUCACAAGGUAAGUUGGAUCAAGCACUGGACCAACUGACCGAAGCCAUCUUGUUGAAUCCGCUUUCAGCCAUACUUUAUGCUACUAGAGCUAGUGUCUUUAUGAAAUUGAAGAAACCAAAUGCUGCUAUCCGUGAUGCUGACACUGCCCUGAAGAUUAAUCCAGACUCGGCUAAAGGAUACAAAAUAAGAGGAAUGUCGAGGGCUAUGUUGGGACACUGGGAACAAGCAGCAAGUGAUCUUCAUGAGGCUUCAAAGUUAGAUUAUGAUGAAGAGAUUGUUAUGGCACUUAAAAAGGUUGAACCUAAUGCCCGCAAAAUUGAGGAGCAUAGGAGAAAAUAUGAACGAUUACGAAAGCAAAAGGAGCAACAAAGAGCUCAACUCAAGAAGCAAGUAAAAGCUGAAGCCCAAGAUCAAGAUGCAUUGUCUGCUUUAAAAGAUGGGCAAGUCAUUGGUAUUCACUCUGCUGGUGAAUUGGAAACAAAGUUGAGUGCUGCAUCAAAGACAUCUCGCCUCACCAUCCUGUAUUUUACUGCAACAUGGUGUGGUCCUUGUCGCUUCAUUUCGCCUCUCUAUACAAGCUUGGCUGAGAAGUACCCAAAAGUGGUUUUUUUGAAAGUUGACAUAGAUGAAGCAAGGGAUGUUGCUGCACGUUGGAAUAUUAGCAGUGUUCCUACGUUUUUCUUUGUUAAAAAUGGCAAAGAGGUUGACAGUGUGGUUGGGGCAGACAAAAGUGCACUUGAAAGGAAGAUUGCGCAACAUGCCGGCUCUCUUUAAGUGAAUACCUAAUAAGAACCCUGAUACUAUAGUAUUUCCUUGCUGUUUCUUCUGUUAUAUAAAGACAAAUAUUAAUCGACAGUUUCUAUGUGUUAUGGCUUGAUGUUUCUCUGUCCGCUUGCGUGUAGAAAAUGUUAAUGUUGAUUUCGAUUAAGUUGAUUUUGAAUAAGUUGAUUUUACAAGCUGAUUUUAGGUUUAUGAUGACUGUAAUGGGGAAACAAG